AUGCUCCCCGCCCUGCGCCCCCACCCCGUUGGAGCCCCGGGACCUUGGUGCUGCUCCAGGGAGGCGCGCCGGACCGUGCACCCGGGUCUGGGUGGGGGCGCUGAGAUGGGCGGGGGGGAAGCGGGGAGGACAGUCGUGGGGGGCAAUCGGGAGAGGGAGGAGAGGGGGGCAGAAAAGCAGGACCGGGAGGCUGGGGUGGGGGGGGAAGAACCGGUGCGGGGGAGGCAAGGGCGGGGAAUGCAGACUCCAGAGACGGGAGCCGCGGAUGGGGUGGGAGGGGGUCGGAGAGGGGGUCUCGGGGAGGGUGGGAAGCUAAUGGGGCUGGCCGUGCGGGGGAUUCGCAGGGGCGCGGGGAGGAUGCUGGGGAUGGAGAUACGGGCGCCGGCGGGGGAGGAAGGAGGGAAGCAGAAGGGGGUGGGAACCCACGGGGCGGGGGGCUGGGAGGGGAGGAGCGUGCGAUCCGGGAGAGGGGUCCGGGGGGCUCGCCGGGGCUCGGCUGGGUCCGGAUGCGCGCUGUGUCCGGGCGCUCCCCUCACAUUGAGGAGGAGGCGGCCCCCCGCCCCCUUCCCCGGUCUCCCCCCCAACCUUCUCUCCACCAGCGCCGCUGUCUGCGAGGGCGGUGCAAAACCCAGGACUGGAUCUCCCUCCCAAAUCCCGGGCUGGAUUUCCGGGAACGGGGACUGGCCGCCUCCAACCACCGCGCCCCCUCCCCGCGCACCCCACUGUCAGGGCGCGCCGCGGCUGCGGGCGGCCGUCAGGGACCCCGGGAGGGGGGACGUCAGGGGGCCGCCCGCGGGGAGCGCGGAGCAAGCGCGGGGCCGUUGCCCGUUCUGGAGUACCCCAGGGGGAAACAGAAAAACCCUGGAAUCCCUUUCCCAGGACCUCUGUUCGCCCCCGGGCACCUGGGCACGUUUCUUGCCCAAGGACCAGCUUGCUUGCCCACCCUCAGCCCCUACGGCGCCCACAAAAUACGCCGAGCAGGCCCCGACUUGAGCUCAACUGUCCCAAAGUGAACUUGCAAAGUGUUCCCUGGGGAUGGGGACAAACAUGGAACUUAGCGGGGUGGGAAGGGAGAUUGGGGGGGAGGGGGCAAGGAGGUGCCUCCUGAGAGGGGAGAUCUGGGAGCCCCAGGAACCUGGGUGAAAAGUGAAUCAAAGGCUCCAUCUCGAGAAGGAAUGAUGUCUAGAGUGACACCCCCCCCUUACCAAAAUGCAACCUGUCUCCAUAGCAACCUGAGCUCCAAGAGUGCCUCAGAAACAGCGGGGAUAAGCGGAGAGGAAGGAUUGGUGUGUAGGGUGGUAGUGGGGGGGUGGGCACCAGGGGAUUUGGAGUUAGCAGAGGCAGCACCCUGACACCUGAUUACCCACGCGGGAGGUCCUGAGCACCCCAGAAUAUAAGAACCCCUUCAGUUGAGGCAGCGGGAGCAGGUCUCUCUGGGGGCCCCUGCUCGGUCCCCUGAGAUUUUCAGGGUGGGGCUCUUUAAGAGGGUGGAAGAGGAGAUGGAAUGGGGGGAAAAAAAUGCCUGUGAGCUCUGUGCCCCCCCGCCCCACCCCCCAUGUACACACCUCCAGGGGCCCUGGACUUCAAGACUCACUCACUGACUUCUGAGCCCAGAGGAGUACGGAUGAGUUGGGCCAGUGAGGUCAGGGACUGAGAUGGGGGUCGGGGUGGGAGCUGGGCAGGCUGCAGGGACCCCUCCCUGGGGACUCAGAGUCUGAGCUUUCCCCUAAUUUGGCGUCCCACCCUCCUGACGCAGCCAGACUAUAAUAAGUGCUGUCGUGGGCGGCUCUCGGAGGCAGGAGCUAGGCGGCAGGCUCGGCCCGGUAGGGGGUGACGCUGGGGGUGCAGGCGCAGGGUGCUGGGUGCCCUCUGCUCGCACUGAGACCCGUCCCCCCCCCCCAUCCCUAAAAGUCCUGUCCUGAGGUCAACAGCGGCUCCUCCCCGCCCUCCCGCUGUCCCCAGGACUAAGAUGACACAGAACUGGAGGGUCUCAACCCUUUGCCUGUCCUGAAACCCAGGGGGUGAGGAGGGAAAAGGCAGUGAGGGAGUUUUGUUGACGCAGAUGUCAUUUUCCUCCCUUUGGUGGCCUCAGUUUUCUCGUCUGUUCAAUGGGAACAAAGUCCUGAUUCUUAGGAAAGGAGUGAAACAGCUCCCCUCUAAGGACUGGAAGCUUCUCAGAGAUUUCAGCCUCAAAACCUCCCCAGUCCAGAGGCACAGAGAACUUCUCCACCCGGCCUAAACAUUUCCCUCCCAGCCUCUCUUUUUUCCCCUACAGAGAUGGGGCCGAGAGGUCCUCCCCAGAGACGGCCCCUCGGGUCCAGCUCUUCCUUUGGUCAUCAGCCUUUGCAACCGCCGAGGCUCGGAAGGGCGUCAGCUGCAGUUCCUGGCACUGGACUCACCCGAGUGUCCAUUGCCAGAAGGUCAGCUUGACAGUGACCUGCGUUUUAACCCCCCUGGGAUAAGGAUGAGAGCCGGGGAGAGAGAAGAGGAGCAGCGACGCCUGCCAUGUUGUUUCGCAUCCUUUCCAAAUGCAGUCUCCCGGGGCCCAGCCCCGCUGCAGACACUGGGAAGUGGCUGUUUGGGAAGCGUGGUGUCCCUGGCAAACCCCGUAGGCCAUCUCUGGCCCGGCACUCAUGAUGGACGCUGACCCCUCUCUUACCUCGCAGGAUGUCCAAGGAGGCCUGGAUGCUGUCUUGAAGUUCAGGGUCGCUCACCCUCUCUGCCAGCUUCCUGAGGCGACGCAGAGCCUGUUUGGCCACCUCGUGUCGCCUGACUUCUGCUCUGACUGUGGCUACAGCCAGCUGCCUCUGGGCGUGCAUGUUGCCCGGACUUGUCUUGCCAGCUAACAGCAACCUCUCGCCUCCAGAUCCAUGGUCCCCAUGACCCCCUAAACUCAAGAAGGCUCCUUCUCCCGUGCCCCUGAACUCCGCGGCCUUUCGCGCCCUUCCGUCUGUGGCCUCACUUCCUGACUGGCGAGUUUCAAACCCACAGCCUGAGACAGCACUACCUCCUGUGUCUUCCACCCCCUCUAGCGUCAGACUCUCAACUCGACCAGCAUCCUGUUCGGGUUCCCCUGCCGCCGGGAGAGCCCUUAACAAGCAUCCCAGGGCCUCCUGCGCGGGAGGUGGCUAAUUAAGUCGGGUGUUGGUCCUGGAAGAAUGUGGCAAACCAGGUCCCAGGUGCAAUCCCAGAUGCUGGGUGACCUAGAGAUGUGCCUUCUGUCUCCAAUACACAUGGGAAUCCUUACGCACACUUGGAGCACGGCACGGUUUAUACCAUAUGCAACACUGGGUCUGUCAGCCUCCUAGCCCUGCAUCCCAAUUUCCAGUGGUACUCACCACCCACACGCACUUUCUACAUCCGAAGAGUCUGCAUGCUUUUCAAAGAAAAAUCUGUCUUUUUUUUUUUUUUUUGGGCCACACCCAGCAGUGCUCAGGGAUUAUUCCCGACUCAGGGAUCCUCUGUCCUCAGGGCUCUGGGGAACAUAUGACAUGCUGGGGAAUCUAAUCUGGGUCAGCUGCCUGCAAGGCAAGCACCUUAGCACUGGACUAUUACUCCAGCCCCUAACGAGUCUGCUUCUUGCAUCUUACAAGGCAGCUUUUGUUCAGUCUGAGGCCCCCGACUGUACCUGCUUCUGCUUAAAGGGGCUGAGUAAUCAGGGACCACAGGUUAUGGGGGUUGGUGACCUGGACCCAGGCAAAACCACUAUGUUUCAUGUGCAGUUACUUUUAUAACAACUAGUUUGUUUAUAACAGUAAUUUACAACAUGCUUUCAUACGUAUAGUCCUCAUCACAGGCCCAAAGGGUGGAUUAUUAUUCCUUUUCUGUAGGAAAGGAAAUAAAAUUUCUGAGAGGUCA